GCCGAUGUAAACGAAGCGACUUCCUGUCUGAUGCCCUUCUACGGAAACUUUAGGACUGUUUUGCAUCAUUAUUUAUUUAAAACUUACAGCAUUUCGUCUCUAUGGAGUAAAAGAUUAAGUAACCUAUAACCAUGGUGCAACGGACAAGAAGACUUGAAUGUUCCGGCACUGAAUAUUAUACCUGACAGCUGACGACGGUCGCGCGCUAGCUGUUUGCAAUACUUAUUUCCGUAAGGAGGAAGUUUUCAUUUACAUUACAGACGGGUAGGUUGCUUGGUGCUUUGUGUUUGAAGUGCAAAACAUCGCAUGCGACCCCACGUGUUUGACUUCGCCUUAUUUGUUUGAUUAAUUCUGAUCAUGUUUUUUUUUAUUUACCCCAUCCAAAGGGUCAAUAUAUCGUUUGUUUAUCACUCCAUUGCUUUACCUCCGAUUAACUCUCCAGACUGCAGCCUACAGGAAUGUGAUAUCUGCCUUCACCUCCAUCUAUUGGUGUCCAUCAUGAAGAAGAGGUCCAAACGAACACUAGAUCAGGAUGACCCUCUGUGCUGCUGCGAGUAUGUGGAUCGUCAUGGUGGCCGCAGCCACAUGGCAGCAUGCUGUUGUGAGUGUGAAGACCUGGAUGAGGCCUGUGACAGGUGGAUGAAGAGAGAGCUUCAAAAGCCAGACUCUCUAUCUCGGGUUAUGGACACAAUUAACGAUCGUCUACGGGUGCCCUGGAUCUCAGGGGCAAGACAAGUUGACAUCUCGUUAAUCCCUCCCCUUAUACUGCUUCCUAUUUUUUUGCAUAUUGCAGCUUUGCACUACCUGCUUGGUAUUGUAGUUCUAACAGCAUUUCCUGUUUUGGUUCUUUGGUACUACUACUUCACCCACCAAAAAAAAGGGCGCACACAAUUUUUCCUUAGCCUAGCCCUCUUCUCCCUCUUCUACAUUUUCUACCUCUUCCUUACUGAAGUCGUCCCACGAGGUGAUGUCAAUCGUCUUCAGUUGGGUGCUGUGACGAUGGGUGUUACUCUCACAGUCAUUUCCCUCAUAAACACAAAGAGGGGGCCGGGCUAUGUCAGGCCACUCCCUAUUGACACUCAUUGCACAGUGACAUAUCACAGCCCACCUCUUGAUAUUGAUGCCACAUAUCUAAAUGGAGCUCGGCACCAGGUGGUGAUAGCCAAUCAUACAAGUCCUCCUGAACAGACUGGUGACUCUGGGAUAGGACCGGAGAGAGUGGAACAGAGGAGGAACUGGUGUGCAGUUUGCAAGUUGGUGUGCCCCCCGAGAGCUGGACACUGCAGGAUCUGUGGAGUCUGCAUCCUGCGUCUGGACCACCACUGUGUCUGGAUCAACAGCUGUGUGGGACAGGCCAAUCAUCGCAGUUUCCUUCUGAUGCUUGUUUUCUUUCUGUUGACGUCACUGUUCGGGAUCAGUUUGGUUCUUCGAAGUGUGUGUCCACAUCAGAGUUUGAUGAUUGCCUUGUUCUACUGUCCUGAUGUCUACAACAUGUACAGUUCUGCUCUGUGUUUCACCUGUGCCUGGUACAGCAGUAUUGUGACAGGAGCUUUGCUGCACUUGCUGGUAUUACAGCUUAUCAAUGUCAGUUACAAUGUGACUGAACGGGAGGCACGUCUUGCUCUGAGAGAGAAAACUGGACGCAGCCUGCUGUGGGGCCUGAUCAUCGACACAGGCGUUUACUUCCAAGGGUUCCGUAGUAAUUGGACUGAAUUCUUGACAAUGGGAAAAACUGUGGUACCACCAACACCUAAACCAACAGACUUUUUGUAGAAAUGUAAUCGGUAGUCUCUGUUGAUUGAAAAUAUAAUAUUGUGCAAUGUAAUGCUGCCAACAGCUUUUCCAGAGUAAUUUUUAUGGCUCUAAACAUUAUGGUCAAUGUCUUAACAAGGGUCAUGAUAUUUAACUACAAAUUAGUCAUAUGAGAGUUGGAAACUGUCUUUGUGGACCACAAGAUGGCAGUGUUGUUGUGUGCUACAUUUUUCAACAUCCAGUACAUCAUUACUCAGGUGCUGUGCAGUGGAGAAGACAGUUGGAUAAAGCAAGCCAUAUCACAAUAGAAUAGAGUAAAACAGAUGUGACCGUACACAGUUCUCCCUAAAUGCUGUGAUUUUAUGAUUAAAUCUGAAGUGUGUAAUUUCUGUGCCAGAAGCCUCUCUGAACGGAAUUGCAAAAAUAAUAAUUGUUUUCAGACUGUUUUCAAACUCUCCUUGUCUUCCAAUGGUUGGACAAACUAAUAUUCACAUCAUUGGUUGAGCCAAUGCUGUAUCAGGCUGGAUUGUAUGCUUAAACAAACAUAGCAUUGUCUUAAUCGCUCCACAGUGUUGUAUGUCCACAACAUACAGGUGAAACUCGAAAAAUUAGAAUAUCGUGCAAAAGUUCAUUAAUUUCAAUAAUUCAACUUAAAAGGUGAAACUAAUAUAUUAUAUAGACUCAUUAAAAGUAAGAU